ACAACCAAUCAAAACAGUUGUUACAUAAAGGCUACUGAUCGAAGGAGCAACAUGGCCGCCUUCGGCAUGUUGUUGGGACGGUCAAUCCUCAGAUCGACUCGUGCACUAGAGGUGAACAGCUUGCUGACCGGGACUGUGAGUAGACCACUUCUGGAGACAUGUUGUCGCCCCACCACAAUCAUCAUCACCAGAGAUGCCAGUUUCUUCAACAGAUUAUCAGCUGAGCAGGUCUGGGACAGUGUACAAGGAGUUAGUAACCAAGGAAAGAUGAAGGGCCGUGCAAAAGGAAAACGCAAGAGGUUCAGGGUCGUAAAGCAGUUUGGGGAAGGAGGAAAGUUUAAAAUGAUUUACCCAGCAAUCGGUAAAAAGGGAUUAGAAACGAAUAUCAGUUCAGAGAAAGUAGAAGGUGCAGAAAUUGAUGACAAAACAGAUACCCAUACUAAAAAAAGACCGAAGAGAGAAAAAUUGUUCCCGUUGCAGCGAGGCUAUACUGGGAGGCGUGUUGUCGGGAAAAGACUUGUACCCCCGAAACCGCAAGGGCAGUUUACCUUUGAAGGGUUCGAGGCAGUGUGUGUUCAUCAAUCAAUUGUCGCCAACAUGACAGGAACGCUGGGUCGAAAGAGGUCCUUUACCACCCUUGUCGUGUUAGGGAACGGCAAAGGUUUAGCAGGAUAUGCUUCUGCAACUUCCACGACUCAGUUUCGCUGUAUCGAUAAGGCAAGGCAUGGGGCGUCACAACAAUUGCAGCACAUUGACCUGUAUGAUGGCCACACAGUAUUUCACAACAUCCGUGCUACAGUGGGAUGUACAACAGUCCUGGUCAACAAGCAGGAUAAAGGUUAUGGGCUGAAAUGUCACAGAAUUAUAAAGUCUAUAUGUGAUCUGGCUGGGAUCAAGAACCUUCAUGUGAAGGUGGAGGGAAGACGUAACGAAGCCAACAUUGCGAAAGCCUUCUUUAAGGCACUUAUUGAACAGGAAACGCACCAAGAGCUUGCUGACCGGAUGAAGAUGCAUGUUGUAGAGUUCCGCAGGGAAAAGCACAACUACCCGCUCGUGGUUGCUUCACCACAAGGUGGCGCUAUCAAUGACCCUCCAAGAGAUAAAGAAUACUAUGACUUUGAGAACUUUUAUUUUAAAGGAAAGACUCAAUUUUUCCCAAAAAGACCAGCUCCUUUUUACCAGAACACUCCAUCAUGGUACAAGAAGUCGCAUGAGUUAUAUAAAAGGAGAAAUCAGAAACAGGCUCAAAUGGAACGACGUAUUCAAGGAUUUGAAUUUUCUGGAGGUGCAAGGCGUAAAGAAUAAAACCCGAGCCUUUUAGGAAUUCAUCAUAAUCAAGAACUUUUUGAAGUGAGCAUUUGAGAAAAUACAGAUUUGUGGUGACAUGUGUAAAAAUGUUUUGAGUGUUUAUUUGAAGAAAAUUGCCAUUGUUUAAUUGUAGAAAUCUAGUCUAAUGGUGAGAUUAAGUAACUGAAAAAACACACUAUUCCUUCAACACCUUAUCGGGUGUAAGAUUUUAAAACAACUAACAAAUGCGCUUUGUGUCAGGAAACAACUGCUCAGCACUCUGACGCAAGAUUUUAUUGUACAACAAAAAUAAAUUGAAAGGGCUAA